GCACAGUCAGCGUGCAAUUCGCGGUCGCACACAGGCUGCAAGGGCACUGUACUGUGGUCGACCACCGUCUCAAGGUCACAGCUGCUCGUGCACAAAAGUGCAGGCUUGGCUGCAUCGUAAGGCACGAGUUAUGCGUGCUGUCACACUCAUCCUUAGUGGAGCCGCAGCUUUUGCUCCCCGCAACGCCCUGCCGGUCACUGCUCGCCGCUCGCCGACGCGUCAGACCGCCAGGAUGGUUAUCGGAUGAUCGAUAAUGACUAUCGGCAAGACGAUAGCCGCCACGCCGGAUUUCAUCCAGCAAAAGCCGAACACCAUCGUGCAGGGCGCCGGGAUCAGUGUGGAAAUCAGUCAGUGAGUUAGCUUAUGCGUGGACCUUUGUGAAUCCCCACGCCAUCGAACCGACGCGGUCACGGAGACAACAUCGCGUCGAUGGCCUGAAAACUCCACGUCAUCGAGCAGACGCAGCUACGGAGACAACAUCGUGUCGAUGGCGUGGGCGCCCGAAAUUUGAUUCCCACACAGGCUGGCAUGCUCGGCGGGUUAGUGUACGGCAUCGACGAGGAUGGCGAAUGGUACUUCAACGGAAGUGGCAAGCGUCCCGAGGAGCUGAAGAAAGAAGAGGAGUAGGCUGCGCCCCUCCCACGCCGCCACGGCGCCAGACGCGCGCGCGCACGCGAGAUGACGACGCCGCGACCCUAUUGACGGUCGCGGCGUCCGACACGCUGCCCGCGCGGCGGUACGGCGCCGGAGUGCAGGCUAUUCCCAAGUAAACAUAUGUGAA